AUAUUCCCCGGUCCUCUUUCUGAUCAACAAAAUACUUCACGCAUUACCAUGACCACUGAAGGAGCUGAUAUUAGAGGAGAUGUCCUAGAGUCCAUCCUCUCUCAUGUUCCUCUCAUCCAUAUCCUCCCUGCAAGCCACGUCUCUAAAUCAUGGAAUUACGCCGUCUUCUCCUCUCUUCGCUACUUCAGCCGCCCCAAACCUUGGCUCUUUCUCCACUGUCAAAACUCACGCCCUCCGUACGCCUCCUCCUCCUCCUUCGCUUACGACCCACGGUCCAACCACUGGCUCCGUAUCCAUAACAAAAACCCACCCCUCCAAUACGCCUCAGCUAUCCGUUCCUCCUCCAACUCCACCCUCCUCUACAUGCUCUCUCCCUCCAAAUUCUCCUUCUCUUUCGACCCCUUCCACUUGACGUGGCACCAUGUGGACCCACCCCUCGUUUGGCGAACCGACCCUGUCGUAGCCAUGGUUGGCCGCCAUGUCAUCGUCGCCGGCGGUGCAUGCGAUUUCGAGGACGACCCCCUUUCGGUUGAAAUCUACGACCUCGACGCUCGCAGGUGGGACGCCUGUGAUGCCAUGCCAGCAAUCCUCAAAGACUCUGCUGCUUCCGCGUGGCUCUCUGUCGCAUCCAGUUCAAAAACAUUGUACAUAAUGGAACAAGUUUCCGGCGUUACGUAUUCUUUCGAUCCCACGUCCAGGAUUUGGUCCGGACCGUUGGAUUUGCGUCACGAUGAGAACAUUUUCUUUUCGGUGAUUGGUAUUUUCGGGGACAACUUGGUACUGGUGGGGUUACUCGGAAACUCUGAGAAUGUUAAAGAUGUCAAAGUGUGGGAAGUAAAGGGGAAAUCAUUUGAGAUUCUUGAAGAAAUUGGGAUAAUGCCAAAAGAGUUGGUGGAAAAGCUGAAAGGGGAAGACGCAAGUAUAAAUUCAAUAAAAAUAAGUUGUACAGGUGACUUUAUAUAUAUAUACAAUCCCCGAGAGCCUGAGGAACUGGUGAUGUGUGAGAUUGGGGGCGAAGGGAUUUGCCGGUGGGGGAGUUUGAAGAACCCGGCGGUGAGCGACUGGAGUAGGGUGGCGGAGAAGAUGGUGCUUACAAGCGCGGACGUGGGGUUGGGUGAUUUAGGGAAAGCGGCGGAAUCCGGCGAAGUACGUUUCAGUAUUUGUGAAUGACGGGAUUUUCAUUUGAUUAUUAAAUUAAUUGGCAGGAUGAUUAUUUGAACAGUUUGGUUAUUACAGUUUCUGUUUUUAUGUCUUUAAGUAAUUGUGUUAAUUUUAAUUCUAAAAUGAACUAAUUUUUAAUUAUAUAUCAUUACACUCA